GGCUAAUCGAUUCGGUUGGUGUGUUUGUUUAUUUGGAAAUAGGGAAGAAUAGGGUAAAAAAAAUCGAUUUGUUAAGGGAUGGCUAGCGCCCUCUCUCGAACUGAGAAUAUAAAAAGAAGAAAUAAAGGAUUAAGCCUAUCUAUUAUCAAUAAAUUACACACUGUAUACAUAAAAUGCGUGUUUUAAAGUUCCUUAAUCACACUUAAGUAGUGAAUAAUUCUAUUAUGAUCUUGGAUUAGAACUAGGUCAUUAUAUUAGAUUUAGCUUACAAUAAUAACUAUGGAACAAAUUUUGUAUUCAAACAAAUCAUUUAAAAUUGAAUAAUAUCAAAUUGAAACAAAGAAACUAAGAGAGAAAAAAAAACUCGUAAGCAUAUUAUAUUAAAAUAUUACACGCUUGUGAAAUAACAGCUUUAAAACGGUUAAAAGUACAAAUUUAUCAAAUGUUAUAAAUUGGGAAAGGAAUUGAAAAGGUCAUUUUUUUUUUGUUUCGUCAUUUUAGAAAAAACAAAAAAAAAAUAUGAAAUUCGUUCUAAUUUCAAGUUUUAUUGUUUGUCUUGUGAUUGCUGAAAACUUCGAACAAUCUUGGCGUUAUGUUGAUGUUCGUCCUGGUGUGCAUAUGUUCUAUUGGCUAUUUAAAACCUCUCAUGCCGAUGGACCUACACAGAGACCUUUGGUUAUGUGGUUACAGGGUGGACCUGGAGGAUCGUCAACUGGAUACGGAAAUUUUGAGAUAAUUGGACCGUACAAUAUCGACAAAGAGUAUAGAAAUUCUACUUGGGCACAGGAAGCUAACAUUCUCUUCGUGGAUAAUCCCGUUGGUGCCGGUUUCAGCUACGUCGACGAUUUAAAUGAUUUAACAACAACGACUGAAGAAAUAUCGCAAGAUUUAUUUGUUCUUUUUAAAUCAUUCUUGGAUAGUCAUCCAGAAUUUAAGACUGUUCCUUUUUACAUCUUUGGCCAAAGUUACGGUGGUAAAAUGGCGGCAAACUAUGCCAGAAAAUUGCAUACUGAAAUUCAAGCUGGUAAUUUGGAAUGUAAUCUUGGAGGAUUUGCUAUGGGAAAUGCUUGGACUCAUCCACUCGAUUCAACUCUUACUUGGGCAAACUUUUUGUUUGAAAUGAGUACCGUUGAUGAGACUGGUAGAGACGAAAUUCAAAGGGUUGCUGAACAGAGUGAACAAGCUGCUUUACAAGGUAGAUGGCGCGAAAGUACGCAAUUUUGGAGAGCUACCCAAAGGGCUGUUAAUGAACAUACAAAUUAUGUUGAUUUCUAUAACAUUUUAAAAUUUAGAGUAUUCAGUCAAAAUGAAAAAAAACCAACUGGAGUUAGUUUGGACGAUACUUUGAGCAUCAUCAAUGCCAAGCAAGAUCCCAGAUUACCCCUCUUCAUGAAUACUGAAGUUAGAGAGUAUUUAGGAGUUAUUCCCGAUAACGUCCUUUGGGGAGGUCAACAAGGACCAGUAUUUGCUGCUCAGGAAGAAGCUUUCAUGAAAGAUGUCUUAGACGAUGUUGACUAUUGUUUAAAUAAAACGGACAUGGACGUAAUUGUUUAUCAAGGUCAAUUAGAUUUAAUUUGUGAUACAACUGGAUCUAUGUUGUGGGUUCAAAAGUUGAAAUGGGAGAAUAUGCCUAACUAUUUCUCUGCUGAUCGCGUAGCACUUACCACUCCUGAAAAUGGUCAAACAGAAAUGUUUGUUAAAGCCCAUGAGCAGUUUAAAUUCUAUUGGGUUCUCAGAGCAGGCCAUGCAGUACCAAAAGAUCAAGGAGAUAGCGCUCUUAGAAUGUUACAAAGAAUCAUUAGAAAAGACGAUAAUUAGGAAACAAACGGAUAGAUUUAUCAAUGAAAAGUAAAUUGUAUAAAUAACUUGAAAUUCAUUCAAAAUACGAAUAAAAUGCAUAAACGUAGAUUAUUUAAUCUCUAUAUAUCUUUGAUUUCAAACUCCGUAACAAACAAUGAAUAUCUUCUUUAUUUCAAAUUCAUUUAAAUAAACAAAAAAAGUCAUUUGCAUAAUAAAAAAAA